AUGAAUAGUGCAAAUAGAACGCUAGAACAGUCAACCACUCGAUUGAUGGUGGAAGAAACACGACAAGUGAAAGGACAGGAGGUCCGUGACGAUAGUGCUGAAAGUAGUGCUUUGACUGCAACCAAAGGCAAGUAUAAUAAAAGUCAAAAAUACGUGAACAAAAAUGAUAAUACAAAACCAGGAAAAUGCAAUCACUGUAAAAAACCAGGACAUUGGAAAAGGGACUGCAGGAUAUUUAAAAAGGAACAAGAAGAAAAGAAAUCAACUUCCGGUUUGGCGCUUAUUGGUGUACAAAGAAAAGACUCAGGUGCGAGAGACCACAUGACAAAUCGAAAAGAGUGGUUCGUCGAUUAUAAACAUUUUGAUGUGCACUCGCUUGUACGUAUUGGAGAUGGUAAGCACAUUAUGGCAGUUGGAAAAGGUAACAUAAAUAUUCAUACUUAUGUUGACAAUAAGUGGAUAAAAGGCUACUUAGAAAAUGUUUUAUAUGUACCUGAUCUAAAGGUAAAUUUAUUUUCUUAUGGGGCAUGCCUUGAUAAAAGAAUUACAAUGGUGACAGACAGUAAAGGUUGCUCAUUUAAAAUUAAUAAUCGUGUAAUUGCAGUCGGUGUUCGUGAGAAUAAAUUGUUUACAAUGCUAAUCAAAACAGAUAUUUCACAGGAAAUUGGACACUGUGCUAACGUUGCAGUUAAGAAAUUAACAUUAGAACACUGGCACAAAAUACUAUGUCAUCAGAAUGUCAAACAUGUUCGUGAGUAUUUAAAACACAAUGAAAUACAAUUUACAGAUAUACAAGGACAGUAA